AUGGCGCUCGUCCCGUCUCUUCUUCGUAUGAUGGCCGUCCUGGCACAUUCUCUAGCCCUCCUCAUCGUGUUCUCGCCAAGAGCUCAGGCCAUUGGCGUCAGCGCACCGAGCACCAUCACAGCCGGCCAGAACGCCACCAUCUCAAUCACCGAGACGAUAGACCAAGACUCGGAGCUCCGGGAUAAAUACGAUGGCUAUCGUCUGUAUCUGGCGUUGACGCCGCCGGGUUGGGGCACGGGUCCGGAGUGCUGGCUCGCGAACAAUCUGGACCUUGGCCCGCAGACCGUGAGCAUCGUAUUUCCGACAGACGUGGCGCCAAAUAACACCGAGGUUCGCAUCGCAGAUAGCUUGAUCAAGAAGGGGAGCGAAAGAGAAAGUGGUUACUCGUACAGCAGCAGCGUCACGUUUCUUGGUGGCAAUGGCACCUGGAGCCAGCGGGAGCUGAAUGGGCGGACCAUGACCAGCGCGAGCAGGCUGCCUUGCUUUCUUUUGGGGUGUGUGCGGCAAUGUAAUGAUCGCUACUACACAGGGGAGAAAUCCAGCGAGAAGGCAGCUGACGACUGUUCCGAGCAGUGUCUCAAGGACUCUAGAGCAUCGCCAAUGAGGCAUCUAUCCAUGGUCGCUGUGCUGAUGGGAAUCGUAACUUGUGGACUUGCUCAGUUAGUAUCAUAA